GCUGGAGCCGCCGCGACCCGCAGCGCCGGGCGAGGUGGCUACACCGGGGGCUCCCCCGCCUUCAUCCAUGGGGCUGGGGGUGCCCCUUUCCUGAGCCAGGUUGCGGAUUGGGUGGGUGUGGGGGUUGCUUCCUUUUUCUUUUUUUUCUGGCCGCCAAGCCCCCCCUCCAAGCUCUGCAGCUUCACAGACACACGCUCACACGCUUCACGCAGAGAUGGAGUUUGACUCCUACCAACACUACUUCUACGACCAUGACGCCCAGGAGGAUUUCCACCGCUCCACAGCACCCAGCGAGGACAUCUGGAAGAAGUUCGAGCUGGUACCCACGCCCCCGCUGUCCCCACUGGGGACCCCCGGGGAGAAGAGCUGCUGCCCGGGGGCUGAGGAGCGCUCGGGCUGGUUCUCCCGCUACUGCCUGGCCGGGGAAGAGCCGGAAUAUUUGAUCGGGACGGGGCAGAUCUUCGGGAACCUGAGUGCUUUCAUCCUCAAGGAUUGCAUGUGGAGUGGGUUUUCAGCCCGGGAGAGACUUGAGAAGGCGAUGACGGAGAAACUUUCCACGGGCACUCAAAGGGCCACCCCCCACAAACCUUCCUUCGCGCAGGAUUUGGGGUUCAGCAGCUCCGUCAGCGAGUGCGUGGAUCCUGCUGCCGUCUUCCUCUGCCCGCUGGCCGAGAGCAAGAUCCCCGCGUCCUCGGGCUCCGAGGGCCAAAGCGAUUCUGAAGGCGAGGAGAUUGACGUGGUGACGGUGGAGAAGAGGCAAUCCCUCAGCCUGAGGAAGCCAGUCACCAUCACGCUGCGUGCCGACCCCCUGGACCCCUGCAUGAAACGCUUCCACAUCUCCGUCCACCAGCAGCAGCACAACUACGCUGCCCGCUCGCCGCCGGACGCCUGCCCCCCACCGGAGCCAGCCCAGCAGGACGAGGACGAGAGCCCCCCCGAGCCGCAGAGCGCCGCGGAGCCAGCCCCUGCCGCCGCCCCUCUGCCCGAGCCUGGCUUGCCAAAAGCCGGCAGCAGCCCCGGCUCCGACAGCGAGGACGUGGCCAAGAGGAAAAACCACAACUACCUGGAGCGCAAGCGGCGCAACGACCUCCGCUCACGCUUCCUGGCCCUGCGGGACCAGGUGCCCGGGCUGGCCAGCUGCCCCAAGACACCCAAAGUGGUGAUCCUGAGCAAAUCCUCCGAGUACCUGCAGUCGCUCCUCAGCGCCGAGCGGAGGAUGGAGGCUGAGAAGCGGCAGCUGCGGCUGCAGCAGACCCAGCUGCUCAAACGGAUUGCUCACCUCAAGGGGCAUUAGCGCCCCAUGUGUCCCCUCCCCCCACCUCCUCCCAACCCUGGUCCCCACCAUCCUGCAGCUCCCUCUCAAUUUGCACAUUUUUCAAGGUUUGGGUUGGGGUUGGUUGUUUGAACUGUUGGUCC